AUGCGUUCAAUACAGUGGUGCGCGUUGGCGCUCUCGGCAGCCAGAGCUGCUUACGGCUAUGUCGACACUUCCCCCUUUUUUAUGUUCUCGACGUCCGAUCUCCUAAGCUCCGCCAACAAGCUGUCAAGCGGCGAAGCCAUUACCUCCGACAUCUCUUCGACUCUCUCUCACUGCCCAUCAGAUCACUAUGUCCUCAUUUCCCAGCCAGGUGUUAGUGCAGGCGACUACGCUUCCCGCAAGACAACACCUGCACUUGCACAGAGGCUUUCUGCCAAACACCAGUCCAACAUCAGAAGCAGCGUAUCUGUAUCAGAGGUAGUCGGAGAGGUCGACGUCUCAAGAUGGGAGCAGACUCUCGAGAGAGAGUGCGGCGCAGAGGUGCUGCACGUAGAUGCAUCCAGCGGAUCCAUUCCCUCGUAUAAGUCGAUGCCGAAGGUGCUUUCUGUCGCUUUUCCCGCGCCUACGACCAGUAACAGACUACACGACCUUUCAGUCAAUGAUGCAUUCCUUGAAUCGAUCCUGGACAUGUUACCAUCAAGUAACUACACAGUUCUCUACGCUACCACCGCUCACGGUGCUCCGGAGCCAUCAGCGGAGCACCUUAUGGACGCUGAGGUUCAAAAUCCGCUGCACAUGGAGAUGAAGAGAGAUCUCAGCUCUGGCUUAGUACGCAGGGCGUCGAAUCAGACCAUUGUCGAUGGGCCACUGUUCGAGAAGUACCAGUUCUUCACACCUGGUAUCUUUAUGGGCUUCCUGGUCGGAUUCAUCCUUCUGAUGAUCUUGUACGUCGGCAUCUCUGCCUUGUCUAGCCUUCAGGUCACCUAUGCGGCCUUUGACAAGGAUCAGGGCGCGCUUGCGAAGACGAAGGCGCAGUAA